AUGCUGGAGAGGUUCAAGGUCGGCACGCCCCUGAAUCAUGCCAUCGUAAUGUGCCAUGCCAGCCUGAGACACCCGCUGGGCCUGCGGAAGGUGGCCGACGACAAAGAAAUCAGCAAUGCCAUAGCAGGCGGAAUAGCGGGCGCCAUCACCGCGACGGUGGUGUGCCCGCUGGACGUGCUCAAGACGCGCCUGCAGGUGCAGGGCAAGGCGGGCGCUGCCAUGUACAAGGGCGUAGGCGGCAAGACCAUCACGCUCGAGGUGGAGUCUAGCGACACCAUUGAGAACGUGAAGGCCAAGAUUCAGGACAAGGAGGGCAUCCCCCCCGACCAGCAGCGCCUGAUCUUUGCGGGCAAGCAGCUUGAGGAUGGCCGCACCCUGGCUGACUACAACAUCCAGAAGGAGUCCACCCUGCACCUGGUGCUGCGCCUGCGCGGCGGCAUGCAGAUCUUCGUCAAGACGCUGACGGGCAAGACCAUCACGCUCGAGGUGGAGUCUAGCGACACCAUUGAGAACGUGAAGGCCAAGAUUCAGGACAAGGAGGGCAUCCCCCCCGACCAGCAGCGCCUGAUCUUUGCGGGCAAGCAGCUUGAGGAUGGCCGCACCCUGGCUGACUACAACAUCCAGAAGGAGUCCACCCUGCACCUGGUGCUGCGCCUGCGCGGCGGCAUGCAGAUCUUCGUCAAGACGCUGACGGGCAAGACCAUCACGCUCGAGGUGGAGUCUAGCGACACCAUUGAGAACGUGAAGGCCAAGAUUCAGGACAAGGAGGGCAUCCCCCCCGACCAGCAGCGCCUGAUCUUUGCGGGCAAGCAGCUUGAGGAUGGCCGCACCCUGGCUGACUACAACAUCCAGAAGGAGUCCACCCUGCACCUGGAUUUACAUCGCAUCGUCGAGUGGCAGUUUCAAAGAGCAGGCAGCACACACCCUUGCCCUUGUUGGCAAAAUGAAAUGAUUCAAAGGGCGGCUAGUGCAGGCGCCGCCACCAUGAUGAUCACCAACCCUCUCUGGGUCAUCAAGACGCGGCUGCAGACCCAGAACAUGGGCAUCCGCAUGGGCGCCUCGGGCAACCCGGCGCUGUACCGCGGCACCCUGGACGCGCUGAUACGCAUCGCGCGGGAGGAGGGGGUGGCGGGGCUGUACAGCGGUCUGGGCCCCUCGCUGCUGGGCGUGAUGCACGUGGUCAUCCAGUUCCCGCUGUACGAGAGCCUGAAGGGGCGCUUUGCGGCGCAGCACCCGCACGACGGUGGCGACACGCUCAACCUCUACGAGCUCAUCCUGGCCUCAGCAACCUCCAAGAUGAUUGCCUCCACCGCCACAUACCCUCACGAGGUGGUGCGCUCCCGCAUGCACAUCGCGGGCACGGGAGCAUUCACCGGCUUCGCGCGCACCUGCCGACAGAUCAUGGUUGAGGACGGCGUGCCCGGCUUCUACCGCGGCUGCAUGACCAACCUGCUGCGCACCACCCCCGCCGCCGCCGUCACCUUCACCUCCUUCGAGCUCAUCAACCGGCAGCUGAAGCACUGGGCGGACGGGCGCCCCGCGCCGCCGCCGCGGCAGCGCCGCGAGCAGGCCGCCGCGCCGCCGCCCGGCGGCUCGGAGGAGGAGGAGGAGUGGCGGCGACACGCGCAGCACGCGCACGGCCACGCGCGGCAGCAGCAGGGGCAGCCGCGGGGCGAGCGGCAGCAGCAGCAGCAGCCGGCGGCGGGGCCGGGAGGGGAGGUUGUGGAGGCGGCGGCGGCGCCCAUUGCCCCCCUGUUUGCGGCAGCCAGCGCGUCGAGCAGCAGCAGCAGCAGCGGCAGCGGCGGUGAGCAGCCUUUCCUGGUGGCUUGGCAGGCUCCCCAGCCCGCGCUCGCGGCCAAGACUCACCAGUCCCCAUUUCCGCCUCCCUGUCCGCAGAGCGGCCCUCCCAGCACCGCCAACGUCGCCAGCAUGCAGAUCUUCGUCAAGACUCUGACUGGCAAGACCAUCACCCUCGAGGUGGAGUCUAGCGACACCAUUGAGAAUGUGAAGGCCAAGAUUCAGGACAAGGAGGAUCAGACGUGCCUGCCUGUUAGAAUAAAAUUGGUAUGGUCCCUAUGCCGUUGGUAUGUCCUGAGCACGCUUCCCAACCCUGCGGCGGCUGCAGGCAUCCCCCCCGACCAGCAGCGCCUGAUCUUUGCGGGCAAGCAGCUUGAGGAUGGCCGCACCCUGGCUGACUACAACAUCCAGAAGGAGUCCACCCUGCACCUGGUGCUGCGCCUGCGCGGCGGCAUGCAGAUCUUCGUCAAGACGCUGACGGGCAAGACCAUCACGCUCGAGGUGGAGUCUAGCGACACCAUUGAGAACGUGAAGGCCAAGAUUCAGGACAAGGAGGGCAUCCCCCCCGACCAGCAGCGCCUGAUCUUUGCGGGCAAGCAGCUUGAGGAUGGCCGCACCCUGGCUGACUACAACAUCCAGAAGGAGUCCACCCUGCACCUGGUGCUGCGCCUGCGCGGCGGCAUGCAGAUCUUCGUCAAGACGCUGACGGGCAAGACCAUCACGCUCGAGGUGGAGUCUAGCGACACCAUUGAGAACGUGAAGGCCAAGAUUCAGGACAAGGAGGGCAUCCCCCCCGACCAGCAGCGCCUGAUCUUUGCGGGCAAGCAGCUUGAGGAUGGCCGCACCCUGGCUGACUACAACAUCCAGAAGGAGUCCACCCUGCACCUGGUGCUGCGCCUGCGCGGCGGCAUGCAGAUCUUCGUCAAGACGCUGACGGGCAAGACCAUCACGCUCGAGGUGGAGUCUAGCGACACCAUUGAGAACGUGAAGGCCAAGAUUCAGGACAAGGAGGGCAUCCCCCCCGACCAGCAGCGCCUGAUCUUUGCGGGCAAGCAGCUUGAGGAUGGCCGCACCCUGGCUGACUACAACAUCCAGAAGGAGUCCACCCUGCACCUGGUGCUGCGCCUGCGCGGCGGCAACUGA